AUGGCGGUGGAUCCCGUGCGGUCGACUGAGUUGGCUAGCCAGGCUUUGGAAGUUGUGACGGCUCUGGCCAACGUGGAUGUUCCUGCAACUGGAGCCACUGUGGAGGCUAGAGACAGGGAUGAGUCUGAGAGGGCGUCCAAAUGGGCGCGUAAGAAAGAAAAGAUGCUUUGUUAUCGAUGUGGUGAGAAGGGCCACUUUAUUGCUGAGUGCAUGGCGGAACUCUGUAACUCCUGUGGUAAGAUGGCUCAUAUCACGGGGGAAUGCCCAGCUGUGCGUGAUCAGGCUCCUGCUCUCAUGAUGUACGGAGUGUACUGUGCUGAGCUGACUUUCUUUGAGUCUCCGGUGGCGAGGGAGAAUCUAGCUGAGACUCAGAGCUUGACGACGGGGCUUGUGAAAGCAACCCGCGAGUUGGUGUCUGAGGAUCAAAUAGUGCAGAGACUUCAGCAAUUGGUUCCAGGUGAUUUUCAGUGGGAGCUCAUCCCGAUUGAGGACAAUGUGUUUAGGGUUGAGUUCCGACGGUGGACGACUUGCAGAGGGGGCCCAUCUGAGGCCUUGACAGAUGCUCGAGUCGUGGCGAGUUUGGGUAUGAUGGUUGGUAAGACUGAGGAUGUGGAUAUGGCUUUUACUCGCUCUCAUGGGGUGGCCCGUCUUUUAGUGGGUGUUUUGGACAUCGACUUCGUCCCUGACAUGGUUAACUGGUUUUACCGGGGAGAGGUGUUUCCGCUUCAGAUUGAGUUCGAGGACUCCACGCUGUUUGCCGAUGUGGUUUCCGGGGAUGCUAUGGAUAUGCACGAGGGGGAUGAUGGUGCCGGGGCUCCUGGGGACCCGCAUAAUGAGGCGGGACAAGAGAGGGCUAAUGGAUCGAGUCCUGAUGCUCAGUUGCCCGGUGAUGGUUCUGGAGUAGAAUCUCCCUCAGCCCCGGCGGUACCUAUGAACACAUUGCGGUUUGGAUCUUUCGAGCCAGCCUCGGCUCCUCCCCGCCUAUGGAGUGACAGGGUGGAGUCUGAGGAUAGUUGUGAGUGUCUGCUUCCGCCGUUGGAGUUUGGUGAUGUGGCUAGCUCUUUGGAGGGUGGUUUGGUGGGGCCGCUCUCGGUGACGGCCGUGGGAGAGGUUAGGGAGGUGGAGCCUCAAGUAGGCCAGCUCUCUCCUUCUUCUUCAGUGGAGGUUCGGUAUGGGGAAGGGACCUUGGGGCGGGAGGCCUCGACUUUUCCUUCUUCUAGUCUGGUGCCGGCGACAACGGUGACGCAGGCAAUGGUAGACUGUGGGGGGGGCACGGGUCAGGAGGACCUGGCCGUAUCCCCUGUGGUGACGUCGAUCUUGGUGGGGUCGGCCAGCGCUGGGGAAGGGAGCCCGAGGCAGGCGGCCUCGGCUCAUGCGUCCCCGGCCGUGGCUGAGACUCCCGAGCCAGCAGCGUUGGGGGGAGGGGGGCUGGGGCAGGUGGCCCUGGCUACCCCUUCUUUGCCGGUGGUCAGGAGGACUGCCACCCCUGCGUCGGCUGGGGGGGAGGGAGGAGGGCACGGGCAGGCGGCCCCCGCCUACUCUUCCCGUCCGUCCCUGUGGAUGCGGUGCUUGGGAACCCGCAGCUUCCUCCUCCGGGAGGAGGUCGUUGCUUUUGGCGGGAUCCCAGACCCCGUCUCGACGGGUAGACGGUUCAGCGCUCGCGUCCACGAGCUUCCGGAGGUGGAUGAUAUGCAGCAGCGGUGCGCUAUGAGGGCCACCAAGCUUCAGGAUGCUGCAAAUGCUUCUGGUAUGUCCAUUGAUGCUUUAGGGGUUAGAGUGCUCAAUAAUCUGUGUGUCGACUUAGCACCAUCCAAUCAUGAGUCUGAGGACGAAGAUAUGCCCAUAGAGAAUGCAGUUGUUGUUCCGCUGAAUCCGGUUAUGAGGACCCGGAUCCGGAGUGUAGUCAUGGGUGACUUUGCGGUUAAGUUUCGAGUCAGGUCUAAGGUUGACGCUUUCAACUGGGCGCUGGUGGCGGUUUAUGGUGCCGCACAGCCCGAGCUUAAACCGAAUUUUUUGGCGGAUCUUGUUCGGAUUUGUGGGUCUGAACAGCUUCCACUCUUAGUUGGGGGAGAUUUCAACAUCAUUAGGAGGAGAGAGGAGAAGAAUAAUGAUAACUUUGACGGCAGGUGGUCGUUCAUGUUCAAUACUAUUAUUGAAAGCUUGGAUCUGAGGGAGAUAGAGCUUUCUGUUAGCAAGUUUACCUGGGCUAACUCACUACCCAACCCGACAUACGAAAAGCUUGAUCGCGUGCUUGCGAGUGUUGAGUGGGAACAGAAGUUCCCGCUAGUGACGGUUCAGGCUCUUUCUAGGGGUUUCUCCGAUCACACUCCACUGUUCGUUGACUCAGGGGAGCUGAACCACGUGGGAAACAAAAACACCUUUUCUUUCGAGAUGGCCUGGUUCGAACGCGAAGGGUUCCUAGACCUGAUCGCUAGGGAAUGGACGAAAGGUGUAGGCGGUAGGACUGCGGUCGAGCGUUGGCAAAAUAAGAUCAGGAGUUUGAGAAGCUUUUUACGGGGUUGGGCUAAGCAUCUUAGUGGGGUAUAUAAGAUUGAGAAGGAAAGGCUCCUCUCUCUUAUACAGAAUCUGGACGUUAAGGCCGAAUCCACGAUCCUGAUGCCUGCUGAGCUCCAGGUUAAAACUGAAGCGGAGAAGAGGUUGAAAGAACUUCUCCGCGAAGAAGAGUUGAAGUGGGCUUUGCGGGCUAAGGUUCGCAAAGUGGUCCAAGGGGACGCGAAUACUCAAUUCUUCCAUCUGAUUGCUAAUGGUAAGCACAGAAAGAAGAGAAUAUUCCAACUUGAACAAGAUGAGGGCACUAUUUUAGGACAGGAUAACCUAAAGACGUAUAUAACCGAGUAUUAUAGGCAGUUAUUUGGACCUCCGGAGGAUAAUUGUGUCUCUCUUGAUGAGUCCAGAACUGAGGAUGUGCCUCAACUUUCGGCUGCUGAAAAUGAUAUUCUGGUUGCCCCAUUUUCGGAGAAGGAGCUUCAAUUAUUUCACUUGAAUUUUGGAACUAUCACACUGCUUCCUAAGAAGACGGAUGCUGUGAGAAUUGAGCAGUUCAGGCCGAUCUGCCUUCUCAAUGUUAGUUUUAAAAUAUUCACCAAGGUCGGGACUAAUAGGCUCACACAGAUUGCGCAUUCUGUGGUGCAGCACUCCCAAACUGCUUUCAUGCCGGACAGAAACAUCCUUGAAGGGGUGGUCGGCCUUCAUGAAACGCUCCAUGAAAUCCAUUCCAAGAAGCUAGAUGGCGUCAUUUUUAAGGUGGAUUUCGAGAAAGCGUACGAUAAGGGAGGGCUAAGGAGAAUGGUCAAACCGAAAGACCAAGGGGGUCUUGGUAUUGAGAAUCUCGAAGUUAAGAACAGAUGCCUUCUUAGCAAGUGGCUGUGGAAGCUUUCUUUUGAGACUGAGGCCAUGUGGGCCCAAAUCCUUCGCAGCAAGUACCUUCAGACAAAGUCCUUGUCCCAGGUCACAGUUAUUUUCCGAGCCACGGCUAUGAUCCGUUCAUGGUCGCUACUCACUCCGACGGAGGCCAGGGAGCAUUUGGUUACUGGAUCUAUCCGCUGGGAGAUGGUAGCUCGGGAUAUAUUGGAGAUUUUGAAACCUGUGUCUCCCGAAUACAGUGGCUCACGAUUACGUUACCUGCGUUUGUUUCGGCCGCGUCGGUUUCAGCUCCCGUGUAAUCGCAAACCAUCCUUCACAAAACUGAAAACACCCGAGACAGCUUGGUAUCGAAAAACACCGCUCGUCCCAACCGUUUUCUUCACCAGGGGAGGAGAACCAAGCAGCAGCGCCGGCGUCUCCCUCGUCGUGAGCAGUACCAUCGCCGCCAAUCUCCAUUCGCCUCCGCCGCCGGUCUCCGUUUGCCUCCGCCGCCGUGGGCAGCGUCACCGAUCUCUCGUCGUCGUCGCCGCCGCCGCCGCAGCCGUGGGCAGCGCCACCGAUCUCGCUUCGCCGCCGUGA